AUGUUGACAGAAAGACUCAAUCUGAGCUGUGGCAGGCUCCUCUCACACAUGCAGCUCGCAUGCUGCCAGGCCUACUGUGGCAUACCUAUGCAUGGCAAGGAAAUGUUAAUUUACAGUGUUUUGGACAUCGAGCAGAAGCCCUUGCUGCUAACUGGCCACCAUGGUGAGAUCAGUGCCAUGACUUUUGGAAAAGGAUGCAGACCUGUCCUCCUCUGUUCUGCCUCUGCUGAUUAUAUCAUUGUCUGGGAUAUUGAAAUGUGCCAAAAGAGAACGAGGGAAGGCAAAGUUGCAGCUGGGACAGUUAUUGGGACUUUACUGGGUGAAGUCGUUCAUCUGUCAUUCUGUUUCUCUGAUGAACGAGUGGUUGCAUGCUCUGGAGCUACGGCAUAUGUACUCAGCUCAAAGAGACAGGAAGUGAUCUCUACCUUGACUGGUCACGUCGGACCUUUAACAUCAGCAGAGUUCUGUCCGUGGGAUAAAGGCAUUCUCGUUACCACAUCAGAGGAUCGGACUUUUAAGGUGUGGGAUUUAAAAACUGAAUCCAUUUUCUACCAGUCCUUUGUACUGUCAGCCUCUCCACUGCUCAGUGUGUUCUUCUUGGAGGAAAACAGGCACAUUAUCAUUGGCUCAACUGAUGGACAGGUAUGGUGCUUUUCUCUCCCUGAUGACCACAAAUGUCACCUGGUGACCAAAAUUGACCUCCAGAAGAUAGAAAAACGACAUCAAAUGCUCAAAGAGACUGUGAGCCAUCAAGCAGGAGUCACAGGAAAAUCAGCGGUAGAUGAAGUGGAAACCUCCAAACCUGUCCUCAAAAUGGCUUUAUGUAGUUCAUUUAAUGACACCAAUAAAGAGCAGAAAAAGGACAACAGCUGGUUAUGUAUUGGAAGCUCUGAUGGACUGUAUGUGGUGAAUCUGGCUACCUCAGAGCUCCUAACAUUGUUUUAUUUCAAAGAUUACCCCGAAUUGAGCAUCACUAUGGCUGGGUCGUGGUCCAUCUCUGACGGAUGUGACAACUCUAUGGUGUUUUUAGUGAGCUCUUUGUUUACUCCAAUUGUAGUCCUGUUGGAGUUAAGUCUAUGUGACCUAAGGAGGAUCUGGGCUGGAGGUGAAGGCUUUUCAGUGUUCCCAAGUUCCCCUCCAGUGCCCGAAUCUCCUCUGAAUGCAGAGUUAAAGAAGAAGGAACCCAACCAUCCUAAAAAAAAAGGAGGUAAAAAGGAACAGCCUCUUGUCUUCCAUUCAAAGGUGAAGUCAUCAGGAUACAACAAUUCCCCAAGAAGGGUUAUGUUUUCACCUAAAACAAAUGUUCAGAAGAGCCGAUCCUCUGUAAAGGCCACCAAAAAUACAGGUUUACUCCUCAGAGAUUACCCAGCGGACAUUUCAGCACCUACUGUUCCACACAUUCAUCUUCGCAGUGCCAACAAACCAGUCUACUGCCUUCAGUAUUCAGGUGAUGGAAAACAAAUCCUGUGCGGUCUUGGUGACAACUCAGUGCUAUUGUACAAGUCCUCCCUUACUGGCAAUCCAACUGUCUACACAGGGCAUGACAAGCCAGUGAGCAGUGUGAGCUGGAGCCUCAACAGACAGUGCUGGUUGAGUGCCUCAGAAGACCAAACUCUGCGAAUCUGGACCCAUGGCAGCCCAGAGCCUGCAAUUAUUAUGGCUAACAGCAUGUUCUCAAAACCCAUCAAAAGUGCCCAGUUUUAUUAUCUCGACAAAUUUUUGCUCCUGGGAUCUGGACACUCUCUUUACUUGUACCUAUAUAAUGUGGACGCCACACACGAUGACAUCAAAAGAUAUCAGCAACGGAGUUUUGUCAAAAUGGCAAAAUGCAUCCCAACAAAAUCAGGAACGAACAUUACGGACCUGUCUGCAAUCAAUGAUUUCUUCUCCUACAUCGUCCUGGUAUGUGGUUCAGAUCGGUCCAUUCAAGUAUUUGACAUGAACAAAGGUUCAGUUGCCUCAGAGCUGCCUGAUGCCCACAGCAGACCCAUCCACUGCAUUACACAGAACAAGGGCUCCAUGUUCAGCACACAGGCUCCAGAUUCAUACAACCUCUUCCUUACCAGUGCGGUCACGGAUGGUGUAAAGAUUUGGGACCUUCGCACACUUAGGUGUGUACGGCGUUAUGAGAACCAUCUAAAUCGCUGCCAUCCAUGCUCUUCAGCCAUCUCACCAUGUGGCCGGUUCAUUGCCUCUGGCUCUGAGGAUAAGUGUGCCUAUGUAUAUGAUAUCCGGAGCAGCAGCUACCUCCACAAACUUCAGAAACACUCAGAGACAGUGCUCAGUGUGGCUUUCAACCCUGCCACACCAGAGCUGCUGACUGGGACUCUGGACGGGGAGCUGAGACUGUUUCAAUCCUGCAGUGGGGCCCAAGUGUCUCAUGACACCAGUGCUGCUGUGCAAAGCGUCCCCAACAUGACUGCGUAAUUACAGCAGGAUGCUGCAAAGACCAUGCAGGUUUCAUUAAAACAGCUCCAAACCCCAGGAUAGGGUUUCACUGGUAAAGGAAAGUUCUG